CUCCGAUUGUCAAACAGGACAGUUUAUUCAGUGCGGAUAGAACUGAGGCGAGAGGCGCAUAUUUUCUUCUCUCUUUCUUUUUGUGGUGUUGUUGGCGGAGGCGCACGGAUGAGCGCGCACGGACCCGCCGGACGGUUAAUUACCAUCAUCGGGGCGCACACAAGUUCGCCUGCGAGCGCGUCCGGUUUCUUUGUCGGCUGUGCCGCAGCGGGGAGAUAAUCGAGCGGAGGGAGCGGAGAGAGGAAAAGAGGAGCAGGAGGAGGCGCGUGAUCGCGCUCCAGUGACUGAUGAUCAGCUGCACCUGCCGUCAACACAACCACAACAUAUGGGAAUACACGGCGGUCACACCUGCUCCUGGAGGAGGGAAGGGCGAGCAAAUCCAGGGGAGACACCGUCCACGUCCUGAUCCGGGUGGAGGUCAGAGGAUUUCAGCUUAUCACGAGGAUUUGAGGAUUAAAAACAGCACCGGAAAAGAAAACAAUGCUCCUGAUGACUAUAAUGGCACCUGGAGGUGAUGCAAAAUUGCAGUUGUGGCGCCUGCUGCUGUUCCUUUGCGUGACUCUCAGUGCUAGCGUGCUUCACUUGGCUGCAGCUUCGGCCCAAGGGUUCAUUGGUGAGAGGGACAUGUUAUGCCCAUCUGUUUGCAGGUGUGAUGAGGACUUUAUCUAUUGUAAUGAUCGUGGCCUGAGCUCCAUCCCAUCACUACCACCUUCUGCAUCUGUGCUUUACCUUCAGAAUAACCAUAUUAAUAACCCUGGCCUGCCCACCUCCUUGGAGCACCAUCUUGCUGUCCAUGUGGUUUACCUCUAUGACAAUGAGUUGGAUGAAUUCCCCAUGCACCUUCCACCAUCUGUCCGUGAAUUACAUUUGCAGGACAACAACAUCCGUACUAUUCCUCGUAGUGCUUUGGCUCGGAUGCCCUUGCUAGAGAAGCUCCACCUGGAUGACAACUCUAUUUCCACUGUCAGCAUUGAGGACCAGGCUUUCGCUGACAAUCCCCGGUUGCGUCUGCUUUUCCUUUCACGUAAUCACUUAUCCAGCAUCCCCUCAGGGCUUCCUGCCUCUUUGGAAGAACUCCGUCUGGAUGACAACCGAAUCUCCACUAUUCCAACACAUGCCUUUAGAGGUCUCUCUUCACUUCGCUGUCUUGUCCUGGAUGGGAACCUUUUGGCAAAUCAGCGUAUUGCAGAUGACACGUUCUCCCGCCUUUCCAACCUGACAGAGCUGUCACUAGUCCGUAACUCCCUCCAGACCCCACCUGUGAACUUGCCAAGUGCCCAUCUGCAGCGUCUGUCUCUACAGGAUAAUGCUAUGACUCAUAUACCUCGUGGUUCCUUAGAUGGCAUGCACAGACUGCAGAGGCUUGAUCUGUCAGGAAACAAUCUGACCACUCUGCCGAGGGGUCUGUUUAAAGAUCUUGAUAAUCUGGGACAGCUGCUAGUGCGAGGGAAUCCUUGGCACUGUGGCUGUAAUUUGCGCUGGCUGUUUGAGUGGCUGCGCACUCGUGGUAACUCCAUCACUGUCAGAGGUCUCACCUGUCAUGGGCCUGACAAAGUGCGAGACUUGGCUUUAACAGACUUGAGUAGUGAGAUGGAGGAAUGCGAAGUGGUGAGGACAACUGGGAACAGAGACAGAGUCAGUGGAGGAGCUGUAGAUAGCUCAACCACUCUUGCACCACCACAGGGCUCCCUUUUCACCCUUCGUUCCAAGAGACCAGGCUUGGGGAUUCCUGACUCUGGAUUGGACUACACCCUUGGCAGCAGUGGGGUGGGGAAGAGCCUAGCGCUCAAUGUGAAGCCUCUUUCUCACAACAGUGUCCGUGUUACUUGGAGCGUGGCUCAAGCCAGCUCCUCGUUCAGGCUCAGCUGGCUCAGACUUGGCAUUGGUAAUGCCAUGGGAUCAAUCACAGAGACACUGGUCCGAGGUGACAGGCGAGAGUACCUGUUAACAUCCCUGCAACCGCGCUCCAGUUACAUUAUUUGUAUGGUGCCAAUGCCUGCUAGUUCAGAAAACAAAGGAAGAGUAUCUGGAGAAGCUGAAUCAGAUGAAGCUCUGGUGUGUGCAAAAGCUGAAACGUCAGACCUCAACACGUUGGAUGGGAAUGAGGAGGAUGACAAUUCACAGCAGAUGAGUGCGUUGCCACUGGCUGGGAUUAUUGGUGGAGCUUCUGCUAUUGUAUCUUUGGCUCUUAUUUUUGGCGUCUUCUGUUGGUACGGACAUAGAACUGGGCAUCUAUGUUCCCGUGACCACUACACUCGAAGCAGCUCCAGAAAAAACAAGAACUACGAUGAUUAUAUUGAGUCGGGCACCAAGAAGGACAAUACCAUCUUGGAAAUCCGAGGUCCAGGAUUUCAGAUGACUCCUAUGGCCACUUGCCAGUCCCUGCAGCCUAAACCUCUACGAGAAGAUUACAUCAUUCAUACCAUAUUCCCUUCCAAUGGCAGUGGCCUGUACAAAGGUGCCACCCGUGUUUCUAACGCAGCGCAUGGCACAAAUCGGGGCUAUCGAGAAGCAGGGAUCCCAGAUAUAGACUAUUGUUACACAUGAUGCACCAGGUCCUAUUCAGAGUGUUAUUGGUAAAACUGUAUAGAUGCACAAAAUCCCUUCGCAUGGACACUUCUGAAGCACCCCUCUGUGCCUUCUUCUUCUGGUCUCUCAUUCCAAA